CAUGUAAACAAACAGGAGAACGGAAAACUCGUGCCAUGUGAGCGUAAAAUUGGAAUUGUUCCUGUUUAAAAUCUCGUUAAACUUUCCUAAUUUAUCUUAAAUUACUAGUGCAGUAAUGUUCCUGAACAACUUUGACAUUCGUUCAGGUGAAAUUAAAAAUAUCUAACGAUUCAGUCUACCUCCUAGCGACGGCGAAAUGGAUACUAAGAUUCCAGCCAAAAAAAUGAAACGUCUAGAAAAAAAGAAGCAAAAAGUUGCUGCAUUUCUAGAACUUGUUAAACCAACAAAUGAAGACUCACUGGAGCCCUCUGUCAAGAACAGAAGUAUAUCCGGUGUUUCUUCAUCAAGUUUCACUGGAAUGGGACCUUGGACUCCCGUCUCCAAAACAAACUCAGAUACAAUUGAUCAAGCAGCUUAUAAUAUAUCAAGUGAAGAAUAUAUGCAAUUAAAGAGCGAUCUGAAGAAGCGAAAAAAAUAUCUCAUGGCUAAACCCACUCUUCGGCUGAAAGAAGUUGGCGAAAAAGCAUCAAUCAGUAUGAAUGAGCCUGGGAAAAUUAUUCCGUUAUUUGCAGCAGAUAUCCAGCAUCUAUUGUUUUUUCCAAUUUUCGGUGGUCCCUAUCAUCCACCAUACCUACCACCAAGAUGGUGUUAUUUUGAAAGAAGUCAAAAAGUUAGCCAAAUAAUUGUAUUCGUAGUUGAAGGUGCCUCAUCCUAUACAUUUUUCUCUAAUGAGUCACAGUUUCCAACGUUAUCAAAGGAGUUUGAAAUUAAAGCUGAAUUCAUUUCUCCGUUUGGCUACCAAUCCGACAUAGCAGCAGAGUUGUCAGUUGUCAAAUUGAAUCGACAAGAGGAAGAAAGGCUGAAUAAGCGUUUUGGAAAAAUAACCUUCAUGAAUUCGGCAGACUCUGUCGCAGAGCACAAGAAACUCAAGUCAGCAUUCCCUAUCGACCUCUUUGAAAAUUAUUUAAAAGAAUCCUCCGUGCCAAAUGAAUCGAGUCAACAGGAUGAAAAAAUGGAUUCAACUUUGUCAAUUUGUGAAACUCCUUUACCUGCGACCGAUAAAUUCUCUCGAGUGUCACUUUUGUUGUCACCACAUCAAAUGCUUGAUGAAAACUACCCGCUACCGCUGCCUGGAGAACUUGCCCUCAAGUACUCAGAUUUUAAAUUCACAAAAGAUACGUACAGUGAGGUCACAGCGCACUCUCCAUUGUUUGGUUUAGAUUGUGAAAUGUGUCUCUCCGCUGAAGGUCAAGAAUUGACACGGAUAGCCCUUGUCAAUGAAAAACAUGAAGUCAUUUAUGAUUCCUUAGUAAAACCUACUAACAAAAUAAUCAACUACCUGACGCAGUACUCUGGAAUUACAAAGAACAUGCUUGUCAAUGUUACGAAAACUUUGGAAGACGUCCAAGAUGACAUUAGAGCCAUUCUUCCUGCUGAUGCAAUAUUAGUAGGUCAGUCUCUCAACAUGGAUCUUCAAGCUAUGAAAAUGAUGCAUCCCUAUGUAAUAGACACCAGUGUUAUCUUCAACCUUUCUGGUGUGCGCCGCCAUAAACCCAAGCUGUCAAAGUUAGCAUCUGAGUUUCUUAAUAUGGAAAUUCAAUCUGGCGAUGCUGGACACGACUCUGUGGAAGACAGUUUAGCAUCUUUAAAAUUAGUACAGCUCAAGCUGAUGAAUAGCAUUGAUUUUGGUGAUGCUGUUACGAAUGUUGUCGCAGAACUUUCAGAGAUCAAGUGUAAGAUAGAUGAAGAGCAAGGCAAGAACAUUACACGUGUCAAAUCUGAUCAAAGUGAAUCUGAAAUCCUCCUGCAGUACUGGCAGAGGAACACCCAUAGAAUCUCUAGUCUUUUCCGGCAUACCAUCCUUGACAAAAAAACAGCGGCUGUGAUUGGUUGUCAAGACAUCAUGGAUCAGUACUCCAGUUACUUGCCUAAAGAAGACAGCUCCAAAAUGGGGAGAAUCGUCACCAGCGGUAAUGAAGAAACAGUUGUGAAAACGUGCUCUUUGGCAGAAAAGUAUUUUUUCAAUGUGUCGCACAUCACCAUCAAUCCAGAAAAAGCCAGUGAUGUAGCCGAGGAGAUUGAUGACUGGUGUAAACAAAUCAAAAAUAGUACUAAGGAGAAUGGGCUAAUUAUAGUCCUAUUUCCCGGGUCGAAGAAGACCAAUGCCAAUGGUUUAGCAUUUGUUAAAAUUGUCUUUCCACCUUGCCCUAUACCCACCAGAAACACGGGGAAGAACUCUUGAUGGUGGGGUAUGAUAGCGACCUGUUUAUCUGAUCUCUGGGUGUCAUCGACCUGCCUAUCUCUCUUGCUUCUUUUGUUCAGUUUCUUGUUUUUCUUUAUUUUCAAUUACGUUCCUCCAGAUUACUCCUGUUAUUAAAGGGCAGUUUAGAUUUGUUAAAGGCAAAAACGAUUGUCUCUUUGUUAAGUGUUAGUCUCAAUCAAUGUUAAUUCCAAGACUGGUCUUAUCUUUUUAUUGAAAGAGCCUUUUUUCCUAGAUUUUUACUUCAUUUUAUGAUCUUCUCUCAGCCUGUAUUUUUCGUGAUUGAUUUUUUGCAAGAGAAUAAAUGGGUGCUAUCAUUAUCCUCCAGAA